AUGACUACAGGAUCAGAUACAUUGUACGGUAGCGAGUCCAACCUCGUCGUUGAUGCCAAGUGUUUGUGGACGCCUGCACGUCCAGAGGAUACAGAAAUGGAACGUUUCCGUCAUCACGUCAACGAGAAGUAUGGGCUUCAACUCGAUAAUUAUCAAGAUUUGUGGCGCUGGUCUGUCACUGCACAAGAAGAGUUUUGGUCAACAGUGUGGGAUUAUACCAAGAUCAUUUCCUCGUACAAGUCUACUGAAGUUCUCGACAAAUCUGCACGCAUGGACUCUAUUCCUGAGUGGUUCAAGGGCUCCCGUUUGAAUAUGGCCGAGAACAUGUUGUGGUGCAGAGAUGCCAACAAAACGGCGAUCAUCGCCACUGGUGAAGGUCAUCCUCGUCGCUCCAUUUCCUAUGCCACCUUGUACGAGCAAGUCUUAAAAUGCGCUGAAGCCAUGAAGGCUUCCGGUAUUCAAGUGGGCGAUCGUGUCGCCGCUUACAUUCCCAACUGCGCUGAAGCUAUUAUCGCCAUGUUGGCAGCCACUAGUCUGGGUGCUAUCUGGAGUUCCACCUCACCUGAUUUUGGCACUACUGGUGUGCUUGAUCGAUUUGCGCAAAUCAAGCCAAAGAUUCUGUUCUCCGUAAAUGGUGUUUACUAUAAUGGAAAGAAAUUGGACCAUACUGGCAAGCUGAAAAUGGUGGUGGAAGGAUUGCCUUCUGUGGAGAAGGUGGUGGUUAUCCCAUUUGUCCCUGAUAUCUCUAGCGCCGAUGUCCCUAAAAGCUGCACGUGGGAUGAUUACCUCAACACUGUGCCUAGCGACCAACUGCCUUCAGACAUUGUUUUUGAACAAUUGCCUUUCAACCAUCCUGCUUUCAUCUUGUUCAGCUCUGGCACUACGGGUCUUCCCAAGUGCAUUGUGCAUUCCGGUGCCGGUCUUUUGUUGCAGCUUAAGAAGGAGCAUAUUCUCCAUGGUAACAUGACCCCCGACGACGUUUUCUUUUAUUACACCACCACCGGUUGGAUGAUGUGGAACUGGCUUGUAUCGGCACUUAGUGUGGGCUGCACUAUCGUUCUCUGGGACGGUAGCCCGUUCAAGCCUGCUCCUAUUUCGUUGUGGGAACUUGUGGAUGAGCUGAAGGUUACGCAUUUCGGCACCUCUGCUAAAUAUAUUCAGUCGUUGCAAGAAGCCAACGUGCACCCCAAGGAUCAGUGCAAACUGGAUUCCCUCAAAGCUGUCUAUUCAACGGGCUCUCCUCUGAAGCCUGAAAGCUAUGAAUUUGUGUAUGAACAUAUCAAGAAGGAUAUUAUGCUUGGCAGUAUUACUGGUGGUACCGAUAUCUGCUCUCUGUUUGCCGGUCACAAUGCAGCUUUGCCUGUAUAUCGCGGCGAGAUCCAAUGUAUUUGCUUGGGCAUGAAGAUCGAGGCCUGGGCCGAAGCUGACAAGCCUGUUUUCGCUGAAGCUGCCGAUCUUGUGUGUACAGCUCCGUUCCCAUGCAUGCCUGUGUAUAUGUAUGGGGAUGACGAAAAUCGCAACAAGUAUAAGAAUGCCUACUUUUCUGUAUACGACAAUGUCUGGUACCACGGUGACUUUGUGUGGAUCAAUCCCAAAACUGGCGGUGUUAUCAUGCUGGGUCGCUCUGAUGGCACGCUUAAUCCUUCGGGUGUGCGCUUUGGCAGUGCCGAAAUCUACAAUGUGGUUGAUCGCUUUGUGAGCGAUGGUGUAGAGGACACACUUUGUGUUGGUCAAAAGAUCAAAGACCAAGACGACGAGCGUGUGGUGUUGUUUAUCAAGAUGCGAGAAGGAAAGACCCUCUCGGAGGAUUUGGUCAAGGCCAUCAAAACCACGAUCCGUAGCGAGUUGAGUCCUCGUCAUGUUCCUGCUUUUGUACUUCCCAUUGCUGAUAUCCCAUAUACCAUCAACGGCAAAAAGGUCGAAGUGGCAGUGAAGAAAAUCAUUUCGGGGCAGACAGUAACACCUUCGGCUACCCUUGUCAACCCUCAGUGUUUGGAUCUUUAUUAUAAUAUUCCCGUGUUAGCUCAAUAA